CUCAAAUCAACCGUUAAUUUAUUUUUCUAAAAUCAAGUAGUAUUGAUAUAGGUUGUAUCAUACUAAAGUUUAAAUUUCAGGUAAGACAGAACCAUGUGAAAUUACUCAAAUAAAAACUAUGGAAAACGGAGUUGAUGAGAAAAAGAUAAAUGGAUUCCAUAAACAUGACAAAGGUCCUAUGGAAUUAUACCUGAUUAGAAUAUCACCACCAUGUAGAGCAGUAUGGUUAUACCUCUUACAGCACGAAAUUCCACACAUUUUACAUGAUGUAGACUUCUCAAAGCAUUCUACGAAGAUACCCGAAGUGUUCAAAAGUCAUUCUCAUCAAGAAGUUCCUUUACUAGUAGAUGGAGACAUCGUUGUUUUUGAAGGACAAGCUAUUUUGCGGUACCUAGCGAUGAAGUAUACAAAUUAUGCCGGAUAUGGAUUAAGUCUUCAGCAGCAAAUGUUAUCUGAAUCAGUCAUUAGUUGGUGCUUUAGUGAAGUACACAGGGUAAUUGGUUAUUCUUACAUUUACCCACAAUUUUUGGACUACUACAGUCUCAAAACAACUGAGUCAAAUGAGUGUUUAAUUGAACAUGGACUUCGUCAAGUGACAAAACUUCUGGAAGUUAUUGAAAAUCGGUAUCUGAUGAAUAAUAAAUAUCUAACAGGACCAAGGACAACUAUUGCUGAUACUUCUGUAGCAACUGUGUUAGUGCUCUUAGAAUGGACAAAUUUUAAUUACAAAAUGUGGCCGAAAGUGGAAGCAUGGUUAACAAGAGUUAAACAACAUCAUUUCUGGGACGAAGUUCACGUAACACAUGCCGACUUUGUGAAGGAUAUCCAAAGAUCAAGUUUGAUAUAUGACUAAGCUUUUCUUUCAUUCAAACAUGAAUCAGAAGAAACAAUUUGUUAUAAGAAUGUCUUCGUCUGCUUGCACCAUUUGUGAUUAAAUUUGUCUGCCAAAAUAUGUAAUAAAUUCUGGUAGAGUUAAUUUA